GGGAUUAUUUGAUCAGAUUUGUCGGGACCCAAGUGGGUUCGGGCUUCUGGGCUGUGGCGGCGGCGGGAUUGAGGGUGGCGAGAGAAGUUGGGGACCCGGCCUUCGGUGCUCGGGCCCGGGGAACUACGCCCUAGGCUGGGUCCCAACCAUCCAAAAGGACGCAUUUUGCCGCACAGGCUAAGAUGGCGGCGGCGGCCGAGGAGGCGGAGUUGGUGCUGCACAAGGAGCCCGGGAUCCGGGCUCGGGGAGGCGGCCGCCGCGGCGGCCGCGGGGGGCGGCAGAGCUAGAGGUGAGCGGCGGCCUCCGCCGCGGGGCGGGACGCAGCGGUGGCAGGGGGACCUUUCCUCGGCGGCGUCGGAGGAUCCGGUCUGAUUCCCUGGCCUUUGUGUCCCUGGGAGCUUAAUCUCUGCCAGAGGAAAGCAGGUGUGCUCCACUGCUCCCGUGAACCUGAAGAUGAGUUGUCCCAGACCCUUCUCAGUGAUUGGAAACUUAGGUGGUGGAGCUAAAGGUUUCUUGUUACCAGACUUCCGCAGACGACUCUCGUGUUGGGAUCCAUCCAUGGUUUAGCAACAUUAGUUGAAAACUUUUCUUGAACUGUUUAAGUAAUAUUGACAUAAAUUUAGUUGUUAAAAAACUUUUAUGUUUAGUCUUCAUAUUUUGUGUGAUUAUUAAGAAGUACUCAACGAGGGGGUAAACACAACUGGGGGCCUAAAUGACGGUCCUGUUUUGUAUACAAGUUGAUUUCAGCAAAUACCAAAACAGCAUCCUCUAUUCUGGCCAGUUUUGAUUAAUGCCAGGCUCCUUGCAUGUGGAUUACAAAUUAGAUCGACCUUAAUAUUGCCUCUCUGCUGUUCAGUUACAUUUUUUUUAUUCCACCUGAAGGAAAGCAUUUCAAAAGAUAGACAACUCAAGUUACUCAAAGAAAGAAAACCUGUUUGCCUUCAGUGACAUGUUUGUGAGAUGUUAGCAAGAAAAACAAAAAGUCCUGUGAGAUAAUUUUCUCAGAAGAGCAAAGCAGAGGAUUUCAAGAGGAAGAGGAGAGAAGCAUGCCAGAGCUGAAGCAGCAGCAACAAUGCACAUUUCUCUUGGAUGGGGGAAAAUGAGACUUAAGGUUUGAUUUAAUUUCGAAUGAGAUUGUUCUUGCAGCGAGAUGUUAGUAAGACAAAAUCUAGGAGAUGGAAGAAAGAACAAAAUGCCUGGAAGAGAAUUCUACACUACUCAAUUCUUAUUUAUGCCAAAAUGACUGUGAAACAGUUGUUUUUCGAGUGGCUCUUCUCACACAGUCAAACCUGCCACAGACUAAAUGUGUUAAAUGGGCUUGUCAACAAUAUGGAUGAUUUGAAGAUAAACACCGAUAUUACUGGUGCUAAAGAAGAACUCCUAGAUGACAACAAUUUUAUCUCAGACAAAGAGAGUGGAGUUCAUAAACCAAAAGAUUGUCAAAUAUCAUUUGAGAAAAAUAAUACAUUCACUCUGCCUGAAGAACUGUCAAAGGACAAAACUGAAAAAGCCUUAAGUGGAAGCCAGUCUACUCUGUUUAUACAUGCUGGUGCUCCUACUGUUGCUAGUGAAAACUUUAUCUUGCCUAAAGGAGCUGCCGUUAAUGGACCAGUUUCACACUCCUCCUUAACUAAGACUUCCAAUAUGAAUAAAGGCAGUGUUUUAUUAACCACUGGACAGCCUGUGGAUCAGCCAGCAACGGAAUCUUGUUCAACUUUGAAGGUGACAGCUGAUCUUCAGCUGUCUCCAUCACAGAAAGCAAGUCAACACCAAGUUUUAUUUUUGUUAUCAGAUGUAGCACAUGCUAAGAAUCCAGCCCAUUCCAUUAAAAAACUACCUACCUCUGCUUCAGUUAGUUGCGAGAUUCAGAAUUCAGUAGGGAGUAGUAUAAAAUCUAAUAGCACUUUAAUAAAUCAAGUAGAGGUGGGUGAAGAUAGUGAAGAUGUAUUGGUAAAAGAUGAUUGUAUUGAUUCAUUAACAAGAAUUUCCUCAGGUACAGAUGAAUUUAGGUCAGAAAAUGAUACAAACUGGGAUCCCCAAAAAGAGUUCAUUCAGUUUCUUAUGACUAAUGAAGAUGCAGUGGAUAAAGCUCCAGUUCACUCUAAAGUAGGUCUAGAAAAAAAGAGAAAGCGAAAAAUGGAUGUAAGCAAGAUAACUCGUUAUACUGAGGAUUGCUUUAGUGAUUCUAAUUGUAUACCCAAUAAGUCAAAAAUGCUAGAAGUAGACUUUCUGGAACAGAAUGAAGAACUACAAGCUAUAGACUCACAGAAAUAUGCAUUAUCAAAAGUGAAGCCUGAAUCAACUGAUGAAGACUUGGAAUCUGUAGAUGCUUUUCAACAUCUAAUUUAUAACCCAGAGAAGUGUGGAGAAGACAGUUCACCUGUUCAUACUAGCACUUUUCUUUCAAAUACCUUAAAAAAGAAAUGUGAAGAAAGUGAUUCCGAGUCACCUGCUACUUUUAGCACCGAAGAGCCAUCAUUCUACCCCUGUACAAAGUGCAAUGUGAAUUUUAGGGAGAAAAAGCACCUCCACAGGCACAUGAUGUAUCAUCUAGAUGGGAACAGUCACUUUCGCCAUCUUAAUGUCCCAAGGCCAUAUGCUUGUAGAGAAUGUGGACGGACAUUUCGAGAUCGUAACUCACUCCUAAAGCAUAUGAUUAUUCACCAAGAAAGAAGACAGAAGUUGAUGGAGGAAAUUCGUGAAUUGAAAGAACUUCAGGAUGAAGGGAGAAGUGCACGAUUACAGUGCCCUCAGUGCGUGUUUGGUACCAAUUGCCCUAAAACAUUUGUGCAACAUGCUAAAACCCAUGAAAAAGAUAAAAGGUACUACUGCUGUGAAGAGUGUAACUUCAUGGCAGUGACGGAAAAUGAAUUGGAAUGCCAUCGAGGCAUUGCCCAUGGAGCAGUGGUAAAAUGCCCAAUUGCCAGUUCUGACGUACCCCAGAGAAAAACACAAAGAAAGACUUUUAUGAAAGACUCUGUUAUAGGAUCAUCCAAAAAAUCAGCUUCUUACAUAUGUAAGAUAUGUCCUUUCACUACUUCAGCCAGAAGUAUUUUAAAAAAACACAUGGAGUACCUGCAUUCAACAUCAUGUGUUGAUUCAUUUCGCAGCCCUCUUGGACUUGAUAAAAGAAAAAGUGAUGUCCUUGAAGAACCUAUAGAUACUGAUAGCACAAAACCAUUAGUUAAACAACAGUCAACCACAUUUCCAAAGAACUCAGCUUUAAAACAAGAUGUAAAGCGAACAUAUGGAUCAAAUUCACAAUCAAGUAAUAUUUCAAAAUUCCAUAAACGACCGCACAGAAUACAGAAAGCUCGGAAAAGCAUCACCCAGGCAGGUGUAAAUGUGUGCAAUCAAAACAGUUCUCAAAAGACUGUUACAAUUAAAAGCAGCAUUGACCAAAAACCUAAGUAUUUCCAUCAAGCAGCAAAAGAAAAGUCUAAUGCCAAGGCAAAUAGCAACUAUUUAUACAGACACAAAUAUGAAAACUACAGGUUGAUCAAAAAAUCAGGUGAAUCAUAUCCUCUGCAUUUCAAAAAAGAGGACGCUAGUUCAUUAAAUACUUUACAUCUGUUUUCAUCAUCCAGUAAUUCUCACAAUAGUUUUAUUUCAGACUCUCAAAACUCUGACACCAAAAGGCCAGGAAGCUUCAAAGACCACAGGCGUGUAGCUGUAAAGAGAGUAGUUAAGGAAUCUAAGAAGGAAAGUUCUGUUGGAGGAGAAGACUUGGAUAGCUAUCCAGAUUUCUUGCACAAAAUGACUGUUGUUGUUUUGCAAAAACUUAAUUCUGCUGAAAAGAAAGAUAGCUAUGAAACAGAAGAUGAAAGUUCCUGGGAUAAUGUUGAGCUAGGUGACUACACUACACAGGCUAUAGAAGAUGAAACCUAUAAUGAUAUUAAUCAAGAACAUGUGAACUUAUUCCCUCUAUUUAAAAGCAAAGUGGAAGGUCAAGAGCCUGGAGAAAAUGCUACCCUUAGUUAUGAUCAAAACAAUGGUUUUUAUUUUGAAUAUUAUGAAGAUACUGGAACUAAUAACUUUUUGCAUGAAAUACAUGAUCCUCAGCAUUUAGAAAAUGCAGAAACGUCACUGUCAAAGCAUAGUUCUCUUUUUCACUGGACUGAUUUAUCUCUUGAGAAGAAAUCAUGUCCUUAUUGCCCAGCAACAUUUGAAACAGGUGUUGGGUUGUCAAAUCAUGUUCGGGGACAUCUUCACAGAGCAGGGUUAAGCUAUGAAGCCCGUCAUGUUGUGUCACCAGAGCAAAUAGCCACAAGUGACAAAAUGCAACAUUUCAAAAGAACUGGCACAGGGACACCUGUUAAACGAGUUAGAAAAGCUAUAGAGAAGUCUGAAACCAGUUCUGAACACACUUGUCAGCUCUGUGGUGGUUGGUUUGAUACUAAAAUUGGAUUAUCAAAUCAUGUUAGAGGCCACCUGAAAAGACUUGGAAAGACCAAAUGGGAUGCUCACAAAUCUCCAAUCUGUGUUCUGAAUGAAAUGAUGCAAAAUGAAGAAAAAUACGAAAAAAUCUUAAAGGCAUUGAACAGUCGUCGUAUUAUUCCCAGACCAUUUGUAGCUCAAAAACUUGCAUCAAGUGAUGACUUUCUCUCUCAAAGUGUUAUACCUCUUGAAGCAUACCGUAAUGGCCUAAAGACUGAAGCUUUGUCAGUGUCUGCAUCAGAGGAAGAAGGGCUGAGUUUCUUAAAUGAAUAUGAUGAAACAAAACCAGAACUGCCCAGUGGGAAAAAGAACCAGUCACUUACAUUGAUAGAACUGCUUAAGAAUAAAAGGAUGGGAGAAGAAAGGAAUUCUGUUAUUUCUCCUCAAAAGAUCCAUAAUCAAACUGCAAGAAAGAGAUUUGUCCAGAAAUGUGUUCUUCCAUUAAAUGAAGAUAGUCCGUUGAUGUAUCAACCACAAAAAAUGGACUUGACUAUGCAUUCAGGUAUGCCUGUGAAGCUUAGAACAUGUGUGCAUUGCAAUACGACGUUUACAAGUGCUGUUAGCCUGUCCAACCACUUACGCGCUUAUGCACGAAAGAAGAGUGCUGGACUUUUGACUGGUACAGCCUUAGAUUGUAAGCAAAAGAAAUCAAGGUCAAGAUCUGGAAGCAAGAAGAAAAUGCUAACAUUACCUCAUGGUGCUGACGAGGUUUACAUUCUCCGAUGCAGGUUUUGUGGUCUAGUCUUUCGUGGACCAUUGUCUGUUCAGGAAGACUGGAUUAAGCACUUACAACGACACAUUGUAAACGCUAAUCUUCCACGGACUGGAGCUGGCAUGGUGGAAGUCACAUCACUACUUAAAAAGCCUGCCUCCAUUACAGAAACUUCAUUUUCUCUACUAAUGGCAGAAGCAGCUUCAUAGAACAAGGAAACCUUUUAAAUAGCAGAUUUGAAUUGGAUGUAAAUUUGAAAUUCUUUGUCCUUUUUUUUAAGCCACAUUAAAUUAUCCAUUUAUAAAUACAAAAGCAGGAAUAUGGGGAAAAGUGAACUACAGCGACAUCAGCGCAAAUUGAGUUCUUCAAACAGUAAGUAGUCUAUAUAUUUUAUAUAGGCUGGAAGAUGUGUUUUUAAGGUUUACUAAGUUUUGUCAGUUAACUGUUCAUUCAAUAAAAGAUCAGUAUGAGUAAACAGUCAUUAAUAAACUGUUGUACAUGUAUACUUAAAGACAGGCUUAUUGGAAAAUUAUGUUUUCUGCAGUGUUACCAGAAUCAAGGUUCUGUUUAUUCCCCACAAGACUUGCAUUGAAAAAUAAGAUAUUAUAUUUUGUUUGUAUGUAUUUAGUGUUUUGUAUAUUACCAGGAACUGCUAAUUAAAUUUACUCAAUUUAGGGCAUUAAACAUCAUGUACUUCAUAGUUUAAGACUGUUCACUCAAAUAGGGCAGAGUACUAUUCUAUCUAGAUGUGUAAGUGUUUUUUUAAAAUCACAUGGAACGGUUUUUUUUAUACUAAAAAGUGGAGGGAGAUUUGUUUAAACAAGUAUUUCUAAAAGAAAUAUGUACAUAGUCCUGGAAAUUAUUUGUGGUAAGGAAAUAUUCUUUACUCCAGUUGCAUUUCUCAGACAAUAAAGUGGUGCAUCCAUGCUACCUCCUACUUUGUCAACAAAGAUGCUAUUUACCCUUUACAUUUUUGUAUCAUAAUAGAUUUAAAAAAUCUAAAGUUCUUUAUUGCAAGACAUCCUUUUGUUAACAGAUUUGUUUCUUUUUAAUGUUUUACCUAAAAUAUGACAUGCUUACAGGACAAGUUUGCCUCUUUAUUUAACAUUGUAGAAAUGUAAUUAAUAAACAAUGCUCACUACACAGUUUAGAAUAGGCUUUCUCAUUUAUAGUCUCUUCCAAAUUUGAUCAGUUAGCAAAACUUAAUACACAAAUUGAAAUAUUUCUACAUAUGAUGAGAAUGUUUACAAUUUAAAUUUUAGAACUUGUUUUGGAUGUGAUUAUAUGUAUGAAAAUCAUGUAACACUAUGCUCAUGCUAAGAACCGACAUAACAGAAUUACUGAAAUAAAUGUGCUGUGAGGAAUGGAAAAUAUGGUGCAGAUGUCUUGGUCAUAAUAAAUUGUGAUUCUUCUUAUAAACUCUUUCCAAAAACAAAUUAGUUCUUUUAAACUGCAGUCAGAUUCUUUUACAAAUAAUAGUUUUUGUAUGCAAGCACCAUUUCAUUUUAUUUCAUGUAGUAUGGCUAAUACUAUAGUUGAAACAAGGAUAUGCAUUGAUACUUUUCUUCAUAUGUAAAUAAAGUUAAAAACAGUUAAAAUAAGGAGUAUUUUGGUAGAGUAUAUACAUACCUCACUGCCAGUGAAAUUGCUUUCCUAUGGUAUAUCUCCUUACCAGAAAAAUCUCUAAAUAAAAAAAGACUUAAAGAAAAAUACAA